CAUUUUCCUAACAUUAAAGACCUGACAAGAGCCACAAAAAACUGAGCAUUACAAGUUUAAACGAAAGAGGAAGAAUCCAGAAAAGAAAGAGAGAGAGAAAUCCUUUCAAAUUUUUAAAAAAUUGUUUCUCAUUUGUUGUAUUCUUCUGUGAUUUCUAUCAAUUUUUUCCCGCUCAAUUUCAGAUACCUUCUUAAACUCGAAGAAUAAGGUAGCUGACGAAAUUUUAACGUCAUAAAUAGCAGUGUAUUUGGCUUAUGGUUUAGAGACUGGAGUCGCGGGCGAAUAAGAGAAUAGUCUAUGGAGGGAGGCGCAGAAAGAGGUUUGGAAUGCCAGAAGAUUAUGGAUGGGAAGGCGAAUAACAAUGGUGUAAACAAGGAAAUUCCUUCUUGUUGCCUCAAGGCUAGAGCUUCGGUCCCUGAAUCCGAUGCCCAAUGCCAUUCAACUGUUGUUUCGGGGUGGUUUUCAGAACCUCGGUCGUCCUCUGGUAAAACAGGGAAGCAGCUUUAUUAUAACAAUCCGAUGUGGCCUGGAGAAGCACACUCGAUUAAAGUGGAAGAUAUUUUGUUUCAAGAGAAGUCAUUGUACCAAGAAGUCCUUGUCUUUCAGUCAUCAAACUACGGGAAAGUGCUUGUUCUUGAUGGCAUCGUUCAGUUAACAGAGAAAGAUGAAUGUGCAUACCAGGAGAUGAUAGCACAUCUCCCUCUUUGUUCUAUUGUGUCCCCCAAAAAUGUUCUUGUAGUGGGUGGUGGUGAUGGUGGAGUUCUCCGAGAGAUAUCUCGCCAUACCUCUGUGGAGCACAUUGAUAUUUGUGAGAUUGAUGAAAUGGUUAUAGAUGUUUCUAAGAAAUUUUUUCCUGAGCUAGCUCUGGGUUUUGAAGACCCUCGUGUCAAUCUUCACGUUGGUGAUGCUGUGGAGUUUCUGAGAAAUUCACCAAAAGGGAAGUAUGAUGCCAUAAUUGUUGAUUCUUCAGAUCCUGUUGGUCCUGCCCAAGAACUUGUUGAGAAGCCCUUUUUUGAGACACUAGCAAGAGCAUUGAGACCUGGUGGUGUACUUUGUAACAUGGCAGAGAGCAUGUGGCUACAUACUCAUCUAAUUGAGGAUAUGAUGUCCAUUUGCCGUGAAACUUUCAAGGGUUCUGUUCAUUAUGCAUGGACUAGUGUGCCUACCUAUCCAAGUGGUGUCAUUGGAUUUCUCCUUUGUUCAACAGAGGGUCCACCAGUUGAUUUUUUGAAUCCAAUCAACCCCAUUGAGAAGAUUGAAGGAGCAACUCAGCAUCGAAGAGAACUAAGAUUUUAUAACUCUGAGGUUCACACAGCUGCCUUUGUUCUCCCUUCAUUUUUGAAGCAAAAGGUCAGUUCUCUUCGCGAUUCUGCAUCAACCAAUGGAGUUUGAGGCAAAUAAAUUCCUCGGAUUUCCCUUGUCCUCAACACAUCGAAGUAUUUCCAUCACAGGAAUUUAGUAUAAUAACUGCGUUACUUUCGAGUAGUUUUUCAUCUUGAAAAUGUAUCUAUGUUUCUAAGUAAGAUCACAUUGAUGGAUGAUACAUUGUUAGUAGCUAACCUUGUUUGGUUUGUUUCUAUUAGAUUGGAACCUGUUGAUAAGAAUAUUAUUAUGACUACUUAUUAAUAAAAGGCGUGCAACUUUUAUCUCA